UCACUUGUGCAACACCAGAAAACCAGGAUCAUCCUCCCCUUUUAGACCAAACAACAUCUCCACAGCUAGGGAGCUUUCUCUCUGCACUCAGAAGCAUGUAAUCCCCCUAAAUUCUUUCUCUUUCACUCUCUCGCUCUCUCUCUCUCUCUCGGAAUCUUUUCACCAACCACCAGGGAGUGUGAGGAAUCAAACCAGACCUCUGCUUGUUGAGUGUUCCAACCCUUCCUCGCUUCUGACAACAGAUCAACUGCAGCCCUAAAGGCGCAAGAAUAGUAGACAAGGUGACAGCAGCAAGCAAAUCAAGGAGAGAGAGGUCGUUUGAUCGGUCUUUGAUGGACUUCGUACCUAACCCAGAUAGCCCCCACUCCGACAACAGUGGCGGCCUUAACAGCAGCCCCCAGCAGGUUGCGUCCUCCUCCACCGCCACCUCCACAGGAGCGCCCUCCUCCUCCUCCUCCUCCUCAUCACCGUCGUUGAGCCGCUACGAGUCACAGAAGCGCCGCGACUGGAACACCUUCGGGCAGUACCUCAAGAAUCACCGACCCCCGCUGUCGCUCGCGCGGUGCAGCGGCGCCCAUGUGCUCGAGUUCCUCCGCUACCUCGACCAAUUCGGCAAGACCAAGGUGCACACCCAGAUGUGUCCCUUCUUCGGCCACCCCAACCCCCCGGCUCCUUGCCCCUGCCCCCUCCGCCAAGCCUGGGGCAGCCUCGACGCCCUCAUCGGCCGCCUUCGCGCCGCCUACGAAGAGAACGGAGGCAAGCCCGAGUCCAACCCGUUCGGCGCUCGCGCCGUCCGCCUCUACCUCCGUGAAGUCCGCGAAACUCAGUCCAAAGCCCGCGGCGUCAGCUACGAGAAGAAGAAGCGCAAGAAGCCCCAGCAGCACCAGCAACACCCUCCGCCGCCACCUGCUGCGGCAUAACACCGACCAGGAACUUAGCAGAUACGCCUCCGAGCCUUUCUCUCUUCCAAUCUACAGAUGAGCUCCAAAUCCAUAUAUGAUGAGAGUAUUAGCUAUAUCCGUGUGUUAGCCUUUUGUUCUCUUCAAGCCAUUAGUAUCAGUAUCAUCAGUUCAUGUUGCUUUC